UCAAAUUCACACCCCGAUUCUGUCGUCACAAUCUUUUUUUCUCCGCAAACCCAACGGAAAAUGCAUUCGCUGCCCAGUCUUAAAGCGUUAACGGAUUUCACCGCCGGCACCAGGACCUUCUUUCGGGUUCGGAGCUCCGCUUUCGUGAGCAGACACUGGCUCAAUUUUCGGGACUCCGUUAGCAAUUAAAGAUUGUAGCGUGUUCGGUUGAGAGAAAUGAGAAUGGCGGUGAAGGAGCCAGUUCGAGUUCCAAUUUCGGGUCGGGAAUGGGUUCGGAGGAUAAUGCGAGUUCGUUUUUGUCUCGGACUCAAAAUUAUGCUCUGUUGAAGCCGCAAAUGGAAGUUGCUGCCCAAUCAGAGGUUACCUCUUUUUCUCCCUAUCGUUUUCUUAUUUCGUGUUGUUUUUAUGACGUUGUUAUGGUUUUUGAGGACUACGAAGAAGCUGCUAGAAUUCUUGAUUCGUUGAAGUCCUUCGAAGAGGAGGAGCCAGUUCUGAGACUUCGCGGGUUACUCAAGGAGGCUAUCAGUGAAGAGCGGUUUGAGGAUGCGGCUAGACAUCAAGAUGAACUAAAUGAAAUUGCACCACAUUCCCUCCUGAAAUGUUCAAGCAAUGCAACAACCUUGGGGAUCAGAGCUCAGGUUAGGAGUGUUUACAUUGAGGGCCGAAGUCAGCCUUCAAAGGGGCAAUAUUUCUUUGCAUACAGAAUAAAAAUCACCAAUGACUCAGAUUGUCCUGUUCAGCUUCUCAGGAGACAUUGGAUUAUCACUGAUGCCAAUGAAAAAAUUGAAAAUGUUUGGGGGAUUGGAGUUAUAGCUGAGCAGCCAGUUAUGCCUCCUAGGAUGGGUUUUGAGUACUCAUCUGCUUGCCCAUUAUCUACCCCCAAUGGCAGAAUGGAAGGUGACUUUGAGAUGAAACACAUCGAUAGAGUAGGCUCAAGAACUUUCAACGUGGCUGUUGCACUAUUUUCUCUGUCAAUACUAGGAGAUGAAAGUGAACCUUCAUGAAAUUUGAGCUGCCACUUUCCAGAGGUAGAGAAACUGCAUUCUGUUCCACGCAAUGUCGCAUUUAUCAAAUUGAGUGUUCAAAAUACUGUAAAGUAGUGCUUUUUUAAUUAUGCGAAUGUAAAGGCCAUCUCCAUUAUUGGGGAAUAUAAACUAAUAUUUUCAUAAAUUUUUUGUCUAGAAAUUUACAAACUGCCAUAAUUGUAUGUAGUGAUAUUGAUGAAGCAAACAGUCAGUACUUAGUAGAGAUGAUCAAAAGUACAUCAAUAAAAAAUUUGUUUUGUGAUA